AUGGCUCCUGAUUUCUCAAAAAACAUGGACCUGAAUCACCUGCUUUCCUUAGGCAAAGACGUGGUUAGGGUUUUGGAGGAUCCUACUGAUCGUGACUUCAACGUCUUCUCCGAAUGUCUCCUACGCACACUCCCCAUUUCUUCAACCUGCCACUCCGAUCUCAACGAAGCUGUCUCCUCUUUCCAAGAUUAUCAGAACAAAGUAGAUUCCCACAAGCAGAAAAUAGAGGAUGUUAGAUCCGAGACUGUUGCUGAUGCAGAACUAGAGCUUCUGCAGAGAGAAUUGGAUGAAGAACUUGAAAAACAACCCAUUAGCAACGGGUUUAAUGAUCUAGAACAGCAACAGAUUUCUAUCAAAGAGCAGAAAAAGAAGUUACUGAAACUCGAGCAAGAAAAGCAAAGGGAACGGAUGCUACUUUCAAUGUAUGCUUCUGUCACCAAUAUUGUUCCAAACUCGGAUGAUCAAUCGAAAAUCUCAGGCUUUAUUGUUGAAAAGGAAAAAAAAGCUGUGGAGAAAUUUGAAUACGACACGUCACAGAUGACUAUCCUUGAAGUAUGUAACGACAUCUGGAAAACAAUAACUGAUUGA